CCACGUGGCUCCCCAACUGCUAACGUGUCGCUCUCGUGCCAUGCCAUCUCCUGUGUCUCUGACAUCUUGCCACUUUCAUCACCAUCACUCCUCCGCAUCUUCAUCAUUCGCUUUCGCCUCCGCCCCUCCCUCCCGCUUCAGCUCACUAAUAUGUGAAGGUGUGACAGUUGGUGAAUGCAGUGGAUGAUAGCUAGUAGAUGGAAUGGUUAGUCAAAUUGAUGAGCACUAUUAUCUUCGUACUGGUGAAGCCUUUUUCGCUGAUCAAGCAAUCAGUCUCAUUCGGUGUGAGAAGCUUAUGCAUCGUCCUUCUGACCUGGAUGGAGCUUCUUAGAAACGCUAUUUGCCUCCAUGUUAGCAUACUUUGGAAGCUAACAACUUGGAUAAUAUCAAUUCCGUUUCUGCCUAUGCGAGUGUUAAAUGCUCUACAAAACGAAAGGCUGCUUAAAAUACAUCUCGAAGAAAUGCAGAGAGAGUUCGAGAACUUGGUGUGGGACAAGAAGGGAGUGGAGAAACAACUACGCGUGGCUAUCAAAGAACACAAGUUGAUGGGGCUGAUGUUGAGGGAACUCGAAGAUGAACACGAUGAGGCUAUCAUCAAAAUUGAACAACUGGAGGACGAGCUUCAGGGUCUAAAGGAGGAAAUCCAACAGCUAAAAGAGACUCGAGGCAAAGCUCGAUGGAGCCCCGAGCACGUUGACACCAGCAACCUCCACAACCAAGCCACAAAAACCAAAGAAUCUGCAGCAAACUUGUCCCGGAGGCCAAACAGAGCUAAAACCGCCCGAACAUGCCAAGAAAUAGCCCGAGCUGAUGCUUGGGAAGACGAGAGCAAACCAACCAUAGCACCUAAAGACAUGACCAAACCUCUAAAGCCAGCAGAUUUGGACACAACAACUUACAUCCAAUGCCAAAGAAGAGAAACCGCCCUUUCGAGGAGCGUUUUCAGUGCAGUGUUAUCAGUAGUCGUUGGAACCACCGUGUGGACCGCACCCGACCCUUGCGUGCCCCUCGUGGCCGCCCUUUUCACCGUGGUCGCCAUUUCGUUGAGGAGCGUGGUCCAGUUCUUCGCCUCCAUUAACAACCACCCUGCAACUGAGGCAGUUGCUCUCCUCAGCUUCAACUGGUUCAUUCUAGGCACCUUAACAUAUCCCACAUUGCCAAAGGUUGCACAUAUGUUGUCUCCCCUGGCACACAACUUCUCCGGUAGAACAAUGAGGUUCCUCCUCGGACUGUUUGCAUGAACUUUAAUUCCCCCUGUCAAAAUGUAAUAUAAUCAUAACUUUUUUCACUUCCCCAAAAGUUUUGUGAGUUUGAUAUGAUGCUGUACCAAUCAAAACUUGUUUCUCUAUGGAAAUUUUCCUUGUUAUUAUUUA